UGGCGGUGGCGUCGCCAUGUCGCACGGCCACAGCCACGGCGGGGGCGGUUGCCGCUGCGCUGCCGAGCGGGAGGAGCCGCCCGAGCAGCGCGGCCUGGCCUACGGCCUGUACCUGCGCAUCGACCUGGAGCGGCUGCAGUGCCUGAACGAGAGCCGCGAGGGCAGCGGCCGCGGGGUCUUCAAGCCCUGGGAGGAGCGGGCCGACCGCUCCAAGUAUGUUGAAAGUGAUGCGGACGAAGAGCUGCUUUUUAAUAUUCCAUUUACCGGCAAUGUCAAGCUUAAAGGCAUCAUCGUAAUGGGAGAGGAUGACGACUCGCACCCCUCUGAGAUGCGGCUGUAUAAAAACAUUCCACAGAUGUCCUUUGGUGAUACAGACAGGGAGCCAGACCAGACCUUUAGUCUGAACCGGGAUGUUACGGGAGAAUUAGAGUAUGCUACAAAAAUUUCUCGUUUUUCAAAUGUCUACCAUCUCUCUAUCCACAUUUCAAAAAACUUUGGAGCAGAUACCACCAAAAUCUUUUAUAUUGGUCUGAGAGGAGAAUGGACUGAGCUUCACCGACAUGAAGUGACCAUUUGCAAUUAUGAAGCAUCAGCCAACCCCUCUGACCACAAAAUCCAUCAGGUUACUCCACAGACUCACUUCAUUUCCUAAGAGCUGCCCACGGCUCCCACAGAGGCUCUGUGCCAGUGAAGAUAACACAGCUACCUGUUGGGAAGGAAAAUGUGUUGGGGCUCCCAAGAGAGUUGGCUACCACCUCUUCUGCCUAAGCUGUGUCUUUUGGACUUGCUGUAGAAACCUGGCCUACAGAAGAGACGGCACCACUGGGAGGGUUGUGUGGGUGCCGAGAGACAAUCUGGUGCCCUAGGGCACUGCAGACAUUAGGUCUUGGGCUGUUCCAGCAUCCCAGGAAAUGACUGCUUUGCCAGUCUGAAUGUGCCAUGGGAUCCCAAGUGUCUUGUUGCUUUGUGGCAGGAUUUGUACAUGAGCUGCUUUUCUUUUCUAAGGGAAAUGAUUCUUGGGCUGCAGGAGCCUUGUGAAGCCCCGGGGCUGUGUCUGUAGUAACUACCCGGAGGGCCUCGAGAGAGAUGCUUGGCCCUGCUUGUUCCCUCUCCCUGUCACUUCAGCAUUCUUGCCAAGUUGCCCAGCUUGGA